CACUUGGCAACAAGUCUACCUAGGCAAGGGUCAUUCCAUUCAUACAAAUUAAGUUACAGUGUGUCAUCACACAGCAGAUUAUUGUGGAUAAGUAUCAUUUUUUUUUUGUAUUUUCCGAAUGCACAGUAAAUGGCAGCUAUACAAAAUUAAGUAGAACUGCUUGCUUACGUAUGGUUGUUCCACCAAUGGAAAUAGGGAUUUUAUCUGACAGGGUUUCCUGUCGCCUCAUCUGUUCUCCGAAGUCUUGAAAGAGCUGACACUAUAGACUUCCUUUGACCUACUUCUAACUCAUCUUAGAGUAUCAAGAGCCAGCUUAGUUGUUUUGGUUGAAUUCUGUCUAGGAAAUUGGCAGAUGGCUAGCUACAAUGCCGCAAACAUUUUUUGUUGAUUUACUUUGUAUUUUUUGGACGUCACAGGCUUUUUAAUAUUUAUCUUAAGUUAUGUUUUACGAUUGAGAUAAGAACGUUCAUUGAUUUCAAAUGAGAGAAGCAAAUGACUGCCUACACUUAAUCAUUUCAAUUAUUUUCAAAAUGUGGUUCUGUGUGUUGGUUUUGACGCUAGCCUGUCUCAACUCUACACAGAGUCUCAACUCUACACAGAGUUGCACAGAGGAGGUGCUAAAAAAUGACCCGGAAAGUAGCUGCAACAAAUGUCCAGCAGGCUUUCACAAAGAAAUGAAUACUUCCAAAUGCAGAAAAUGUAUCGGCCAGACAUUCACAGCGAUAGUAAAUGAACUGUCAACUUGUCAUCGCUGUAAAAAAUGUGAUAUAGGAGUAUCUCAAGAGGAGAAGAAAGGUUGUGAGCCCAAGAGUGACAUUGUAUGUGGCUGCAAGGAGGGAUUCUACCCAACGAACCUCACCAAGGACUUGUACUGUGAAUCAUGCUCCAAAUGCAAAAACUGUAGUCUCUGUUCCGUGUGUAAGUCAGACUUUAACAAAGACGAGUUGAAGCGAUGCCAACCAUGCCAAACGAAAGAGUGCACCACAACUUCAACCCCCAAACUCCCAAUACCAACACCCAACCCCUCCAUCAUCAAAAAUACAGACACUUCUCACCUCCCCUACACCAUGAUGUAUGUCCUUCUGGUUUUCCUGGUCACCACUCUGUUAAUGGCCAGACUCCUGGUUGGAUGCAGGGAACAUGGCUGUUACGCAAACUCUGAAAAAGAACUCCAGUUGCCUACCAGGGACACCUCAGCCAACGAUCAGCUUCAUCAUCAGCCAAACUACCCAACUUCACUGACGCUGAACAUUACUGAAGGGAUUCCCAUGAUGACACUCGCUCACAGUGCUGCCAAGACUGAGUUUAACCCCCUUGUCACACCCCUGCUGCCAGACAGAGAGCCCAGAGUCCCUCGCCAGGACACCCAGGAGGAGCACUGGCCCGCGACGGUGUUAUAUGCCAUCAUCAAGGAGGUGCCUCUGCGGCGCUGGAAGGAGUUCCUGCGCGUGCUCUCCCUGACCGACCGGCAGCUAGAGCGUGUGGAGCUGGAGCCAGGCCUGGGCUCUAUUGAGAGGCAGUACCAGAUGCUGCGGCUGUGGAGCCAGGGCCCGACUGCAAGUCUGGAGGACGUAUACUCGGCCCUGCUCUACAUGGACCUGGCUGGCUGUGCCUACCAGCUGCAGGAUUGUCUGGAGCAGCUGCAGUGGAGAGCCACAACCAAAGACAUCACCACAGUUUCAUAGGACAACUGAGUAGGGAUAGACAUGAGUAUUCGAACAGACGUCAAAAAUCGGUCUUCACCAGAGAUCACAUUGUUUUCAAAUACUGUGUUGCAACUAAGCGCAAGGCACAUCUCUGUCCAUACUCACUCUCUCGGUUUGUCAAUGUUUAUGAAUUCCCCACAAUGUAUCAAAUGUAUCAGCAGUACUAAAUGUAGGCAAUGAAUAAUUGCCACUUCCCCAUUCAUCUAGAAUGUUUGGUUAUGGUCUUUUCUGUUUAUUCAAUGUAUUAAUACUACAUACUGUUCUCAUUCUGGUAGUGUACACAUCGUUUGGAGAGCUCACAAACUGCGCUGUGAUAACGAAGUUGUGGUUUAUUUAAUUAUACACUGAACAAAAAUAUAAACGCAACAUGCAACAAUUUCAAAGAUUUUGCUGAGUUACAGUUCAUAUAAGGAAAUCAGUCAAUUGAAAUAAAUUCAUUAGGCCCUAAUUUAAGGAUUUCACAUGACUGGGAAUACAGAUAUGCAUCUGUUGGGCAUCGAAACAUCUCCUUAGCAUAGAUUUGAUCAGGCUGUUGAUUGUGGCCUGUGGAAUGUUGUCCCACUCCUCUUCAAUGGCUGUGAGAAGUUGCUGGAUAUUGGCGGGAACUGGAACACGCUGUCGUACACGUUGAUCCAAAGCAUCCCAAACAUGCUCAAUGGGUAACAUGUCUGGUGAGUAUGCAGGCCAUGGAAGAACUGAGAUAUUUUCAGCUUCCAGGAAUUGUGUACAGAUCCUUGCAACAUGGGGCUGUCGGCUGUGCAUAAUCAUGCUGAAACAUGAGGUGAUGGCGACGGAUGAAGGGCACGACAAUGGGCCUCAGGAUCUUGUCACGGUAUCUCUGUGCAUUCAAAUUGUGCACAAAGUGUUUGCCCACUGAAGUCGGUUACAACCCUCAUGAGGACGACGAGCAUGCACAUGAGGUUCCCUGAGAUGGUUUCUGACCAUUUAUGCAGAAAUUCUUUGGUUGCGCAAACCCACAGUUUCUGUGCUGGUGUGGUUACACGUGGUCUGUGGUUGUGAGGCCGGUUUGAGGUACUGCCAAAUUCUCUAAAACGACGUUGGAGGAGGUUUAUGGUAGAUAAAUAACAUUCAAAUUCUCUGGCAACAGCUGGUGGACAUUCCUGCAGUCAGGAUGCCAAUUGCAUGGUCCCUCAACUUGAGACAUCUGUGGCAUUGUGUUGUGUGACAAAACUGCACAUUUUAGAGUGGCCUUUUAUUGUCCCCAGCACAGGGAGCACUCGUGUAAUGAUCAUGCUGUUCAAUCAGAUUCUUGUGAUUAACUUGGCAAAGGAGAAAUGCUCAUUAACAGGGAUGUAAACAAAUUUGUGCACACAAUUUGAGAGAAAUAAGCUUUUUGUGCAUAUGGAACAUUUCUUGGAUCUUUAAAUUCAGCUCAUGAAACAUGGGACCAACAUCUGUUUAUUUUUUUGUUCAGUAUAUUUAACUGUUUUAUGUCAAUUUCGUCAUUGUCCUUUAUUUGGAGCAUAUGUCUGGUCUCUCAGUCUUGUCACGAUUGUGUGAAAGUGCAUGCUUGAGUGUGCACAGAUACAUGGCCUGAGCAUCAGGAUAGGCGGUUUCGUUAAGAGUUCAGAAACCUGAAUUUUCUAAACGCAGACCAUCAAAAUAGCUUUGUUUUAAACCAUUUCACCUGCGUGUUUCCUUUACUGAAAAUUCACUAGUGCAACACAUUGCAUACGCUAUUUGGCUGGCAGCCACACCAAGACUGCCGGACUGCCAUGCAUAAUAUCAACCCACCGAGAGAAGCACGAGGUUGAACUUCAUUCAACUUUCUAGAGCAGGGAUCCCCAACCGAUCCUUUGCAUUCCUAGUCAAUCGCCAAACAUUUCUGUAAAAAAAACAUUGAUAAAGCCAUGUGUGCCUAUUUUUUAAAAUUUGUCUCUGGGAUGUCUGCAGGCAUAAAAGAAAACUACAGCAAAAUUGAUACUGUGAGAUUUCAAACCGUUUUAAACAAUGUGUAAAGACGAAUACAGCACAGAGCUGCUGUUUUUAUGAGUGAUGUUUCAUUUACUCAGCACUGUCAACAAUUUGUAUUCGACACUUUUAUAAGCCAUAAAAAGCGCGCUUUUCCUGUUUCCACUCAGCGCUACAACAAGCACUGCGGCAGUAGUGAAUGAGUAGGAAAGUGUAUCUAAAGGCUUGCGUUGUUGUUAUUAUUAGCGACUUGGGUCUUCUGUUCAUAGGAGUAACAACAUGAAUUUGUGCAUGAGGCAGAAAUAAUGCAGUGCGACUCAAGUUUCUCCAACAGCUGGAAGAUUGUGUGCCUUUGGUCAGUGUCAGUGGAGGAAAGGGAGAGCGGCGGGAUAUUGAGAGGCUGACUCAGUCUGCUGCUCUCUCCUUCCAUCAGAUACAGGCAUCAUCAGCCCAGGAAAAUAAAAAUAAAAAGCACAUUAUUUAAAUGUAUGCUCACUCAGCUGUGCCUCACAAGUAAUACAACAAGUUAUUGGAGCAAUGCAUUUUGGGCAAUGGUGUUCUAGACUGCCGUUUUUUACGUCGUACAUUUAUUUAUAUAAAAAACAAACGUUGUUAACCCAAUAUUGUUAAUUUUUUUUAUUUUUUAUUUAACCUUUAUUUAACCAGGUAGGCUAGUUGAGAACAAGUUCUCAUUUGCAACUGCGACCUGGCAACCAAGUUGUCACCGAAAUACUUAUAACAGUAGCCUUAUGUGUUUUAUUUUUUAUUAAUACCAAUUGUUGUUUACUAUGCUUGUUUUUGCAUAAUUCUUUGGCAUACUGGUGCCAUGUCGGAUUUUAUGAGGGUUGCAGGAUUGGAGUAAAACUCAGAUUUUGUCAUUUUUUUGUGGUAUCGAUGAAGGUAUUUGAUUGGGGAAUGGGUAUACAUUUCAUGAUUGGAAAUUAAUUAAUCAAUAAAUGUGGGGAAACAGACCUGCAAAAAAACAUGACGCUUGACGCUACAAGCUUGGCACACCUGUAAUUUAAGAGUUUCUCCAAUUCUUCUCUGCAGAUCCUCUCAAGCUCUGUCAGGAUCGAUGGGGAGCGUCGCUGCACAGCUAUUUUCAGGUCUCUGCAGAGAUGUUCGAUCAAGUUCAAGUCUGGGCUCUGGUUGGGCCACUCAAGGACAAGCCACUUCUGUGUUGUCUUUGCUGUGUGCUUAGGGUUGUUGUCCUGUUGGAAGGUCAACCUUCGCCCCAGUCUAAGGUCCUGAGCAGGUUUUCAUCAAGGAUCUCUCUGUACUUUGCUCUGUUCAUCUCACCCUCAACCCUGACUAGUCUCCCUGUCCCUGCCACUGAAAAAAACCCACAGCAUGAUGCUGCCACCACCAUUCUUCACCAUAGGGAUGGUGCCAGGUUUCCUCCAGAUGUGACACUUGGCAUUCAGGCCAAAGAGUUCAAUCUUGGUUUCAUAAAAUCAGAGAAUCUUGUUUCUCAUGGUCUGAGAGUCCUUUAGGUGCCUUUUGACAAACUCCAAGUGGGCUGUCAUAUGCCUUUUUUUGAAGAGUGGUUUCCGUCUGGCCACUCUACCAUAACGGCCUGAUAGGUGGAAUGCUGCAGAGAUGGUUGUCCUUCUGGAAGGUUCUCCCAUCUCCACAGAGGAACUCUGGAGCUCUGUGGAGUGACCAUCAGGUUCUUGUUCACCUCCCUGAUUGCUCAGUUUGGCCGAGCGGCCAGCUCUAAGAAGAGUCUUGGUGGUUCCAAACUUCUUCCAUUUAAGAAUGAUGGAGGCCACUGUGUUUUGGGGGACCUUCAAUGCUGCAGAAAUAUUUUGGCACCCUUCCCCAGAUCUGUGCCUCGACACAAUCCUGUCUCGGGGCUCUACGCACAAUUCCUCCAACCUCAUGGCUUGGUUUUUGCUCUGACAUGCACUGUCAACUGUGGGACCUUAUUUUUGUAUUUUUUAUUUAACCUUUAUUUAACUAGGCAAGUCAGUUAAGAACAAAUUCUUAUUUACAAUGAUGAUUUACACACACCUUAUAUAGACAGGCGCGUGCCCUUCCAAAUCAUGUCAAAAUCAAUUGAAUUUACCACAGGUGGACUCCAAUCAAGUUGUAGAAACAUCUCAGGGAUGAUCAAUAGAAACCGGAUGCACCUGAGCUAAAUUUCGAGUCUCAUAGCAAAGGGUCUGAAUACUUAUGUAAAUAAGGUAUUUCAGUGUUUUUAUAUUUCAUACAUUUGCUAACAUUUAAAAAAAAAUCCAUUUUUUGCUUUGUCAUUAUGGGGUAUUGUGUGCAGAUUGAUGAGAAAAACAACAACAUUGUAAUCAAUUUCAGAAUAAGGCUGUAACCUAACAAAAUGUGGAAAAAUUCAAAGGGUCUGAAUACUUUCAGAAUGCACUGUAAAUAAUGUGGAACACAAAAGUUAGUUUAGAACAUCAUUGCCCAUCAUGAAGGCAUUAACUUUAAUCAAAUCACAUUUUAUUGGGAAAAAACAUUAAUUGCUACAGAAUGUAGUAAUUUUAUGUCAAAACACAUAUCAAAUGACAUUUUGUUUUACUACAAUGUUAAAACAAUUUCAACUGAGCCAUGUUAGUUUAAAAAGCUGACUCUUCCAAAUGAAAAUUGAUCACUUUAAUAAUCACUCUAAUAACUUUCAAAAGAUUAUUCUGAAGUUUGCCCCUCAAAAAUGUAUUUUGUGAAGUUGCACCAUUUUUUUGUAUUUUCCUACAAAUGAAGUGGCACAAAAAAAUGUGUCUUUUCACACAAAUUAAGUCACACAAAAUCUGCUGAAGUACUUUUUGUACAUAUUUGCACGAAUUGAGUGUGAGAUUAUGUUGAUAUAGCCUACAAUUUUUUUGGGGGGGGCAGGGUAAUUCAAGCAAAGCCAAUAUGCGGUGAUAAUUUAUUGGGCCUAUAGCUUACUGCACAAACCUCAUUGCUACAGUACUGUUUUUAAUUGGUUAAUGUUGCAUAGGCUUAUGUUUUUUAAGUUGUGUUAAAAAACAAAUAUGAGCAGUAGAUCUCGGCUUGCAUUUUGACUCAAACUGAUCUUGACUCAGAAAAGGUUGGUGACCACUGUUCUAGAGUUUUCUGUUAACACUAUCAACGUUUCCCUUUACUGUGUCGAUUGUGAUCGAAUCAACGCAAUAUUAGUCACUUUCAAUGCAAAAUAUCGAAACAAAACAAACUAUGCAAGAGUUUUGGUUUUAGUUAGAACGCAUCGGAGUAGGAUUCCAUUGCAUAGGCACACACGACUCAGCCAAAAUGUAAAUUACUUUAAAAGUUUCUUCAAGUGCAGUCGCAAAAACGAUCAAGCGGUAUGAGGAAACUGUCUCUCAUGAGGACCGCCACAGGAAAGGAAGACCCAGAGUUACCUCUGCUGCAGAGGAUAUGUUCAUUAGAGUAACCAACCUCAGAAAUCGGCAAUUAACUACACCUCAGAUUGCACCUCAGAGUUCAAGUAACAGACACAUCUCAACAUUAACUGUUCAGAGGAGACUGUGUGAAUCAGGCCUUCAUGGUCGAAUUGCUGCAAAGAAACCACUACUACUAAAGAACAACAAUAAGAAGAAACUUGCUUGUACCAAGAAACACGAGCAAUGGACAUUAGACCAGUGGAAAUCUGUUCUUUUGGUCUGAUGAGUCCAAAUUUUAGAUUUUUGGUUCCAACCGCCAUGUCUUUGUGAGACGCAGAGUAGGUGAACGGAUUAUCUCUGCAUGUGUGGUUCCCACCGUGAAACAUGGAGGAUGAGGUGUGAUGGUGUGGGGGUACUUUGCUGUUGACACUGUCUGUGAUUUAUUUACAAUUCAAGGCAUACUUAACCAGCAUGGCUACCACAGUAUUCUGCAGCAAUACGCCAUCCCAUCUGGUUUGCGCUUAGUGGGACUAUCAAUUGUUUUUCAACAGGACAAUGACCCAUCACACCUCCAGGCUGUGUAAUGGCUAUUUGACCAAGAAGGAGAGUGAUGGGGUGCUGCAUCAGAUGACCUGGCCUCCACAAUCACUCAACCUCAACCCAAUUGAGAUGGUUUGGGAUGAGUUGGACCACAGAGUGAAGGAAAAGCAGCUAACAAGUGCUCAGCAUAUGUGGGAACUCCUUCAAGACUGUUGGAAAAGCAUUCCAGGUGACUACCUCAUGAAGCUGGUUGAGAGAAUGCAAAACUGUCAUCAAGGCAAAGGGUGGCUACUUUGAAGAGCUUCAAAUAUAAAAUAUAUUUUGAUUUGUUUAACAGUCUUUGGGUUACUACGUGAUUCCAUGUGUUAUUUCAUAGAUUUGAUGUCUUCACUAUUAUUCUACAAUGUAGAAAAUAGUAAAAAUAAAGAAAAACCCUAGAAUGAGUAGGCGUGUCCAAACUUUUCACUGGUAAUGGAACCUUCAGACGAGUCUUGUGACUCCUGUGGGUGUCCUAGAGCAAAACAACCGACACAUACAUGUCCAUGAGAGUUUCAUUUGAGAAUGACUAUUAUCCAUUUUCUUAUAUGUUACGAAUUACAAUUCGUAUGAUAUGUUAGGAAUUUGCAAAAUGUACUAUAUGUUUUUAGCUUUAACACUGCAAUACGUAACUUUUUAGGUGACACGACCGAAUUCACAAAGAAAUUUUGAGUUAUAGAUCUGCCAUUCACAUUGAAAGCAAAUCUAAGAAGCGGUAGAUCUGUUCUAUGUGCACUAUUUCUUUGCUUCCUGUUAAGAUUUGUUUUUGUGUCUUUUACUUUCAGUUUUGUACACCAGCUUCAAACAGCUGAAAAUACUAUAUUUGGGGUUUUGAAAAAUAAUUUUCAUAGCUGUUUAGAUGGUACAAUGAUUCUCUACAGAAUGAGUGCUUAUUUUUUCACAUAAACUGAAAUUAGGCAAACUAUUCGAAUUUUAGCAAUAAACCAGGAAAUGGCGGAGCGAUUUCUGCAUAUCACACCUUUAGGUAACCUUCUGUCUUAUGUAAGCAUAUCAAAGGUAACAUAUCAUACUAUACUGAACAAAAAUAUAAACACCACAUGUAAAGUGUUGGCCUCUGGAGCAGAGGAAACGCAUUCUCUGUAGUAAUGAAUUACACUUCACCAUCUGUCAGUCAGACAGACAAAUCUGGGAUUGGCGGAUGCUAGGAGAACACUACCUGCCCCAAUGCACAGGGCCAACUGUAAAGUUUGGUGGACGAGGAAUAAUGGUCUGUGGCUGUUUUUCAGGUCAGGGCUCUGUGCAGGCUAGUCAAGUUCUUCCACACCGAUCUCGACAAACCAUUUCUGUGUGGACUUCGCUUUGUGCACGGGGGCAUUGUCAUGCUGAAACAGGAAAUGGUCUUCCCCGAACUGUUGCCACAAAGUUGGAAGCACAGAAUCGUCUAGAAUGUCAUUUUAUGCUGUAGCAUUAAGAUUUCCCUUCACUGGAACUAAGGGGCUUAGCCCGAACCAUGAAAAACAGCCCCAGACCGUUAUUCCUCCUCCACCAAACUUUACAGUUGGCACU